GUGUUCUGUUGGUAUAGUGAUCCAUAUAGUCACAGUAGCUGUUAUAUAAACUGCUUACAGCUAAUUCAGAAGUUGCCUCAGAUCAAUGGCAACAACCAGUUCUCUUCACUUUCGCCUUCGAAUUUUUCUCUCUUGAUUUCUACUUUAAAAAAUAUUAAUGGACUAGACUGAACUGAGGACAUCAAAAACUAUUUAAUGCUUUAUUCUUCAUAUAAUGGACAACAACUGAAUCCAUAUAUUUCCUUUUAAGUGGCUAUUUCGUUGUUUUGACCAGCAAAUGGAAAAUGGAACCAUGCCUUCAUAUUUUUACUUCACUUUGUUCAAGGAGUUUGUUCACAUGAAAUAUCUCAUCCUAAUAUUUAUACUUGCAGUUUAUUUAGCAAUUAUAUUAUUUAAUGCCAUCAUUUUGUUUGUGGUGUUUAAAGAGAGAUCUCUUCAUGAGCCGAUGUACAUACUGAUAUCUUGUUUGUCUGUCAAUGAUCUCUAUGGCUCAGCUGGUUUCUUCCCUAGGAUAAUGGUUGAUCUCCUUUCUGAUACAAAUACCAUUUCUAGGCCAGCGUGUUAUGUUCAGAUUUUUACCAUUUAUUCUUAUGCAAUAUCUGAAUAUACAAUAUUAACUCUGAUGGCGUAUGACAGAUAUGUUGCCAUAUGCAACCCUUUAAAAUAUCAUAAAAUUAUGUCAUUAAAAGUAACAGCAUUGUACAUGGCAAUAGCAUCACUUUAUGCAGCAUUUUUUAUGGGCCUCAUUAUUUUCUUCUCAGCCAGGUUGCCUUUGUGUGGGACUGACAUAGCUCGACUGUACUGCUCCAACUGGUCUGUGGUUCGACUCUCUUGUGGGACUUCAACUUUGAGUAAUAACAUAAUUGGAUUUUUUGCCUCAGCAACAACAGCUUUUCUCCCUGCCUUCUUCAUUUUAUAUACUUAUGUCAGAAUUUUGGUCAUUUGUCAAAAAAGCUCCAAAGAAUUUAGGGGCAAAGCAUUACAAACAUGUCUUCCUCACAUUAUAAGCUUUCUGAACUACUCUAUUGCAUCAUUUUGUGACAUUGCCCUAAGUCGAUAUGAUUCAGACAAAUACAAGAUUGUGGCUAUAAUUUUUUCAGUGGAAUUUCUUGUUAUUCCUCCUGUUCUCAAUCCUCUUAUUUAUGGCUUAAAUUUGCCAGAAAUUCGCAAAAACAUUCUAUGUUUGUUUCAACGGUCAAAAAUUGCCAAUUUUCCAGAAUGAGUAAUUAAAGGAGAAUAUGACAUAUAAAAAGCUACUUGGUUUUACAGUGUUUUUUAUCAUAAAACUUAAUUCCCUGAAAUGAAUUGUUUAGUGCUAUAUGAUGAGGCACAUUGUUUUCUCAUGUAACAUAUACUUCUUAUGUCAUCAUAAAACAAGUCAUCAUCGCCUUGAUGUUCUGUAAUAAUUUCCAAUUUAAUAUUCAAUAAAAUACUUAUGGCAAGUUUCCUUGUUACUUUGUUACUCAACACUGCACAUUUUAAUAUACUGGGUGCAACUGAAUAUAUUUUGCUGUUAUUUGUAUUAACAUGCUUUUGUCUGAACUGUGUUUGAAUCUUUUUUUUUUUUUCUUGCUUGAAGUAUUGUACUGUAUGUCAGCAGUUAAAUUUUGGAAGUUUAAUAGUUAAAUUAUAUUAAAAAAUAAAUGUAUAAAAAACUCUAUAAAACUAUACUUGUUUUAAUAUUCUCUCCUUAGAUAUUGUAUUUACAUGGGCAUGUGGGAAUAGUAUGCAAAAGUUGUCAAAACUUA